GACGCGGCUGGAAGUCCUCCAUGUGACGUAGCGCCUGAAAAAAACUGACAGGAGCUGUGACAUGUGCACGGGUUUCCGGUCAUGGCGGCCUGGCUUUGCUCCGUGUCCGUCGUUUACCGGACCCUGUUCCUCUGUCUGUCCACUGCCGCAGAGCAGGACCGACGUCGGGACUGAACCGGAUCACUGACGCCCCAGAAACCGCGGAGAAAGAGCGCAGAGAGCGGCGGCGCUUCCGUGUUCCGCUCCGGUCUGCGGACUCACCGCGCGAACCAAAUAUGGGCUUCCGCUGUGCCAAACAUGGGAACGUACGUCACACAGGAGUCUUUAUAAAGCCGCCGCGUCCGUGGACGAGACUCAGGUUUAAGUUCAGCAUCAACAGGUGAAAAAAUCAUGAGACGUUCAGGGUCCACGAGACGUUCAUGGUCGCCGGUGACUCUGCAGCAGCGUCACGGCCACUGACAGCUCUUCUCGCCGCCACCCGGAGCUUUCCAGCCUCCAGCGUUGGCUUCCUCCGAACCCCACAGCCAACACACUCAGCCCGCUCACAGCGACUCCCCGCGGGCCUCAAGAGCGGAGAGUGGCUCGGUGCCUCCGCAGGAACAUCCCGGUGCUCCGGAGCUUCGGCAGCGGUCCUCUUCCUCCUUCACGUCCUCCUCUUCCCGCUGCACAGAUAUGGCAGCUACCAGGGCGGAACUGCUGCUGUCCGCCCGGCAGAUCUCUGAUCCGCUCAGCGGGCACCCGCCGCCGCUCUCCCCGCUGGACUCGUACCCGAAGCUGGAGGAGCUGCAGAUGCUGCUGCAGAGCGCAGCCGCCGCCGCGUCCGCAGCGGAGGAAGCCGCGCUGCUGAGCGGGGAGUCCGGGGAGUACGGAGAUUCUCUGUUGGAGCUCGACCUGCAGGCUCUCCCCCCUCUCACCCCUCGCCUCACCCCUCUGUCGUACAGCGGCCGCUUCUCCUUCGAGCCGUCUGCCUCAGGCGGUGGCGGGCUGUGGGCGGAGCCUCUGCUCAGCCUCUUCACAGGGCUGGUCAGCAUGGCGGCCCCUCCCCCCUCUUCCUGUGUGACAUCAUCAGUGACGUCGGAGCCGAGCUUCAGCUCCGUCCAGAUCAGCUGCGGUUCUGCCGACGCCGGUUCUGUCUUCUCUGCCACGCCCACGUACACGUCCGCCUCCGACCCCCUCCUCCUGCCCGCCACCUUCUCUCAGCCCGCCUUCCAGCCGCACGGCCCGCCCCCCGCUUACCCCGCCUCUACCUCCAGGCUCGGCCUCCCGCCGCCGUCCGUGGCGGUGCCGAUGCUGCCGGAUUAUCUGCUGACUCAGCAGCAGAGCGCCGAGCUGAGUGCGGAGCAGAAGCCGGCGCUGCUGCAGAUUCUGAACCCGCCGCUCACACCGCUCUCCACCAUCAAAGCCUUCUCCUCGCAGAUCCAGACCCAGCCUCAAGGCUCCGCCUACCCAGUGGCGCUACUCGCCAAGUCCGGCCGGGUGAGAAAGUCCCCGGUGGGCCGGCAGUGCAAGACGCCGCCACACGAGCGCCCGUACGCUUGUCCCGCUGAGGGCUGCGAUCGCCGUUUCUCGCGCUCCGACGAGCUGACGCGGCACGUGCGUGUGCACACGGGACAGAAGCCGUUCCAGUGUCGCAUCUGCAUGCGCAACUUCAGCCGCAGUGACCACCUGACCACGCACAUCCGCACGCACACCGGGGAGAAGCCGUUCGCCUGCAACGAGUGCGGACGCAAGUUCGCCCGCAGCGACGAGCGCAAGCGGCACGCCAAGAUCCACCAGAGGCAGCGAGAGCGCAAGACAACUGACAAGAGCUCCGCCUCCUCCUCGUCUGCCCCCGCCCCUGCCUCCACCUCCCCCUGCUCGUCCUCGUCCUCCCCCACGGCCUCGCUUUACUCCUCCCUCAGUCUUCAGGCCGCCUCCCCCUGCUUCACCUCCUCCUCUUCCUCACUGUCACACGUCUACGCCUCCUCGCCGUCCUGCUCCUCCCCCCACGGCUCCAGCAUCUGCUGACCUGUCCUGUCGUGACCUCUGACCUCAUACACUUUUUUGAAAUGUUUGUGUGUUUUGUGUCCAGUCACGACGAAGUCAAAGGUCAGAGGGCGAGGGUCAAGUCUGAGCCUUUUCAGCCGACACAGGCGCGUUUAAACUUUGACUUUGGACCAAAGCGCUCAGAGAAAACUGCCCAGUCUAUGGACUUUAUAAGUGUGUACAUAAUGUUGAUAUGCAGCGGCGUGUUUGUGCGUGAACACGACAGACGUGUUGUUUACCUACCGUGUAGGUUUCUUUUCCUUUUUAUACUGAACACGUUUCCUCUUCAAAGCAAAGAGAAUAAAAUGUUUCAAACAAAACUUUG